UAUAAAUCACAGUUUUUGCCGACAAAAAAGAGAAAACCUAAAGACCGUUUAUUUUUCCUUCCUUGGUAGAAAAUGUGCUGAUUUUCACGUUCUUGUCUCCUUUUUUUUUCCACUCUGAUCUUCUCUUUAUAUCUCCUCCGACGUGUUCUCUCCGGUGAACCUUAACGGAGAAUCUCCGUCGACCAAAUAAGCAAAACAUUUCCCACGAAUUAAACUAUUUCCCCUUUUCCAUCUUUAUCUUUUUUCUGCGGCUACUUUGAGAGAAGAUUAAAAGGAUCAAUCCCCAUUGCUGAAUUUCGAAGACUUCUCUCAUUAAAUCUGUAACUUGAAGCGUUGGCUUCAAGCUUUUCACUGAGAUCUUUGUUCUGGGUUGCUGAGAGUUGAAACUUGUCAUUGCUCUCACCACUUAAUUAAACCCGAGAUUCUUCUUAUAAGUUUUCUUUCUUUUUUUUAUAUAUUAAAUUGAGCUAGAUCUGGGUUUCCGUCAGAUUAAGGCGACGAUCGUGUCUACUUAAUCCAAAAAAAAUCUGGGUUUUUCGAGGUGUGAUUAAUGCUCACAGAGUUUCAUUUGUACUAUUGUGUGGAAAUUACACUUCUCUGGGUGUUAUUAAGAUAAUUAAACUUCAGCAGAUAUAUCCCAAAUCCAAACUAUUAUAUUGUUUUUUGUUUGUUUCGUUUCCUUUUAAGCUGAGGAAGCUGUGGUUAGUGUUUUCCCAGGCUUCCCCAGUUAAGUGUUUGAUAAAAUUCCCCUGAGAGAGAGAGAGAGAGAGAGAAGGGUACAUAAUUAGAAAAUGUGUAAAGUGGAGAAGUUUCUUAACCACAGGAAACUCUGGGAGAUGAAGGUUAGGCUUUUAGGAGACAGCAAAGUUGAGAAACUCAGGAACUCAUUUGUUUCGAGGUCUCGUAUGAGCCUAUGGAUGAUUCGUGGUGUUACCGUUUUGUUGCUUUGGAGUUGUUUCGUUCAUCUGAUGGCUUUGGGAGAGAUGUGGGGACCAAGGUUGUUCAAAAACUGGCCUUCUUGUUUCAAUCACAAUGAUUUGUCCUCUGCCGCAGAUAUGAAGUCUCUUCCCACUAAAGUCGCCCUUCCCCCUAAAAGAGUUUAUCAGAACAAUGGUUAUCUUAUGGUUUCUUGCAAUGGAGGACUCAAUCAAAUGCGAGCAGCGAUAUGCGAUAUGGUAACUGUUGCAAGAUACAUGAAUGUCACACUGAUUGUGCCUGAGCUUGAUAAGACCUCUUUCUGGAACGAUCCAAGUGAGUUUAAAGACAUAUUCGAUGUGGAUCACUUCAUAAGUUCGUUAAGAGAUGAAGUUCGUAUACUUAAAGAGUUGCCUCCGAGGCUUAAGAAAAGAGUUGAGCUUGGAAUGUACCACGCAAUGCCUCCUAUUAGUUGGUCAAACUUGUCUUACUACCAAAAUCAGAUUCUUCCAUUGGUGAAGAAGCAUAAGGUAUUACAUCUGAACAAAACGGAUUCACGACUUGCUAAUAACGGACUGCCUUUGGAGGUUCAGAAGCUGAGGUGCCGUGUGAAUUUCAACGGGCUUAAGUUUACUCCUCAAAUUGAAGAAUUAGGUAGGCGAGUUGUCAAUAUACUGAGGGAGAAAGGUCCCUUUCUCGUCCUGCAUCUCAGAUACGAGAUGGAUAUGUUAGCAUUUUCCGGUUGCUCACAUGGUUGCAAUCCCGAGGAAGAAGAAGAACUAACAAGAAUGAGAUAUGCGUAUCCAUGGUGGAAAGAGAAAGUGAUAAACUCUGAGGUGAAGAGGAAAGAAGGCCUUUGCCCUUUAACUCCUGAGGAAACCGCUCUCACGCUGACCGCUUUGGGUAUUGACCGUAAUGUUCAAAUUUACAUAGCUGCUGGAGAAAUCUACGGUGGUCAAAGGCGGAUGAAGGCUUUAACAGACGCUUUUCCAAAUGUGGUUCGGAAAGAAACCCUACUCGAGUCCUCUGAUCUGGAUUUUUGUCGGAACCAUUCAUCACAAAUGGCUGCACUUGAUUACCUAGUGGCUCUUGAGAGCGAUAUAUUUGUUCCAACCAAUGAUGGGAACAUGGCAAGAGUCGUUGAAGGUCAUCGCAGAUUCUUGGGGUUCAAGAAGACAAUUCAGCUGAAUAGGAAGUUCCUAGUGAAGCUGAUAGAUGAGUAUACGGAAGGCUUGUUGACUUGGGAUGUGUUCUCAUCAAUGGUGAAGGCGUUUCACUCUACUCGAAUGGGAAGCCCGAAGAGACGGUUAGUGAUUCCCAAUAAACCGAAGGAAGAAGACUACUUCUACACCAACCCUCAAGAGUGUCUGCAGCUGUUAGAUGUACCAUUGAGAGUCAUUUGAACAAGUUGGCUGAGAUUUUGGAUUUACAGUCUGAAAGAUGAAGUUACAGUGAGUUUUACAGAUUGAAGAUAUAUAGGGUUCUUGGUGAAUAGAUUUCUGAAAAAGCUUUCAUGGAUGGGAGAGAGAACAAAAAUGUUGAUUGAAGCUUACAUUGUAAAGUUUGGCAUCCAUGGCCUUGCCAGUUUUGUUAGCUAAAUAAAAAAAAAAGUGACAUUUAUGUAAUUAAAGCUUUGGAUACAUAUAUAUUUCACAUGAUUAUCAAUUUCUCUCUUUAUAAAAAUAAUCCCAAAUUUUCAACAUUAAUAUUUUCUAUUGAUAGCAAGUAG